CGGAGCUCGGAUUCAUUUCUGCUGCUGAGGGCUGGAGGGGAACAGCACAUUGCAGGAGCACAGCGUGACGCACAAGGAGCCGGGACACGCAUGGCUAUCAAAUGGAUUACUCCGACAUAGACUUGUGAACUCCAACGCAGUGAGGACAAUACGGGCACCAGACGUUCAGAGGACCUGUACGGAUCCUGCAGACAGCGUUGAUGUCACAGUGACAGAAUUAAAGGAGAAACUUCCCGAUCAUUUUCAUGUUUGAUGUUCACCUGCUUCACACAGGAGCCAGCUUUUCAAGGACUGAGUGGAUUGACAGCACCGGAGAUGUGACUGUCUGAGGUGAAAUUCUGAUAGCUUCUUGUCCCACUGCAGCACUGAAGUGGAUCAUUGGGUAAGUGCCUUUUAUUUACUCUGUGCUAGUACUGAUACCACUGAUACUUACAAGUCUAUUAAUAAGCCUUCAUUAAUUCAGAAAGAAAAAUCCUAAAAAGCACUUAAGAGCCAUGAGGUCUGGAGGACCUCAAACUUGUCAGAUUGUGUGGGAAUGGAUUUGUUUACUGAUCAAUCUAGGUCAUCUCUCAGUGUCUGGAUGUGGCACUGAUAUACAACUCAAGCUCUGGAUCAAGGAUUGUAUAAAUUAUUUUGAAUAUUAUCAUUAUCCUUCAAUCAGUAUCAUUAAUCUUUCCUCACUGUUUAGUUUAACCUUCAUAAUGUUAAUAUAACAGCGUGUCCUUAAAUAAUAAAUUAUGUAAACCCACAGAAAAAUAAACCACUUUUCUAAGAAAAGCUACCAAAAUCAUAACAGUAGCCUAUGUUUUGGAAAUCAGAGAAAAAAAGAUUAAUUCAGUGAUAAUAGACAGGCUAAUUUUGCCAAGUCAUUAAAACAUAAUAUAUGACUUAAGCAUGAUUUUACAGGGUUCUGUACUCUUGUUUUUGUUCAGUUUAUAUCAUCAAAUUUCUCAUUCAGAUUAUGGAACAGAAAAAAUACCCAAACAUUGUGAUUUUGAUUAAUUCACGUCAUGUCUGAACAGUGUGUUUACUUGUGUUUACUGCCAGUCUUUUAAUUUGUUGUUGAAUUUGUGCGUCUCAGGACAAAAGCGUCUUCUAAAUGUGACGUUGAUAUAUAUUCACAAAGACAUCAUGUCUCACACUCAUAGGAUUAAUUAGAGAUCUUUUUUCACACGGUCUCAUUGAAAAUUCAUGCGGUCCUCUAAGUUUUUCCAUGGAUUAAAAAAGCUCAAGAGACCAGUCAGCUUGUUAAUGUGAUCUGCUCUUGCAUGUAAUGUUAAUGGACUGUAAUGGUGACAGCUCUUAAUGCUUUUGUCUCACAGUCACAGAGACACGCUAGGAGAAAAGGACACGCGUGAGAAAGCUUACCAUGCACUGACAUCAAGGUGAGAGAAGAAAGAUGGACACACACUCAUCACCUUGGUGUGCUCUUCUUUAAUGUGUUUGUGUGUAAGUUUCUCUGUGUGUGGGUGUUUGCGUGCCGCCCGUAUUUUAAUUGGGGAAUCAAAGGUGUUAAAAGGAUAAAAGGCGAUAUGUACCAGACUGGCUGCGUGUUUAUGCUACACACAUCUUCAAAGAUGACUGAUAUAUUGACUGACUUUGAAAAGAUCAGCACAACGAGAAACCGAUCUCGUAAUAUUUUAAUGGAAACCAAAAGUUCCCCAGGACAGCAAGAACACGUCUUUGUGAAGCCUGGAGAUUCUCCGUCUCUGCAGAGAUGACAUAGUUUGUAGGCCAGUCCAGUAUCAUUGACGAAAGUCCAUGAAAAUUUUCUUUGGUUUGGGGUUUUUGCAGAAAACAUGCUCUCUUGGAAGCAGACAUGUCUAAGUUGUCUAAAUGGUGCCUUAUGUAAGACUCCUAUCAAUGAGCAGCACUUUUAUGAUUUUUUAAACAUGAAUAUGAUCACCAGAAGCCAAAAGCUUUCGUGAGGCACGACUGAAAAUUCACAACUUAAUUUUCUACUCAUUUAUGUUUGUGGGAUCACAACUAACUUCCUCUGUCUCUUGAGCGCUAACAAGAUAAUUAAAAGCUCUAAUUUUCAUCUGGAUCUGACUAAAAACAAUUAAAGCUCCUCUGUGGGAUUCUUGGUUUGUGUCAUUUGGCACCUCUCUGGCCCAAGCAGCACCUCCUAUCUCUGUCUGCUUUUGUCCUGCAUCCAUGUGCAUUGUGUCAUUCCUCAUUUUGGCUUCAGGUCAUGGCGAGAGUAAAGGUGAGGUGAGGUUAGUUAAGUAAGGGACACACUUUUUUACAGGGGUAUGUAUCUUGGCAGGACACUGAAUUACCUCAGUUGGUGUAGCAAGCAUGGGCGUGGUAGUGGGGGGGGGAGUGGACCUGACUACCCAGGACCCGAGUAGGAAGAAGGGCUCAUGAAAAUCCUGAUUUCUUUUUGCUCAUGUAUAGGGGCCCACUGACAUUGAGAGUGUACAGAGCCCAGAAUUUGGUGCUACACCCCUGGUAGCAAGUGUCCCAUGCACACUCACCCUUGCCCUGAUUUUAGAAUUUAUUCCUGAUUCUGACCGCAUUUCCUGCAGCAUGUCAUCCCUCACUCUCUCCCCACAUUUCCUGUCUCUCUUGAGCCAUCCCAUUAGAUAAAGGCCGACCCCCCCCCCCCCCCCCCCCACACACACACACACACACACACACACACAAAAGAAUAAAAAAUGUUAACCUACUUGAUUUUUUACAGUGAAAUAAAUCACUAAAGUUUCUUUUUGUCAGUGUGUCAGCAGAGAAAAAGUCCAUCUUCACACUGAUGACCUCUUUUGCUUUAAUAUUUCAGAAAAGGUGUCAGUAAAAGCAUAACCAUCUCUGCUUGUUUCAUAACUAGCUUAACCUAUUACCAUGAAUCAGUCUGUCUUAUGUUUGGCUAAUUCAACACUCUGCACAAAAUGACUUCUUUCACUGUAGCCCCCUUCAGGGAAAUCAACACCAUUAUCAUAACUGUUAUUUCCAUGGUCAAUUUAGUUCAUUUCCCCGUAACAGCAAAUAACUCCACCGUCCUCAUUCCAGCAUGUGACACAGAUCACGACCAUAUCAGCUACAAACCUCGGGAGCCAGUUCAAGCUGAUGUUGAUGUUGUAACGCAGCGGCCCACUUUCAGUUCUUCUGGGGGCAUGCUCUAAAUUUUAUAUCAGUCAUUUGGCAUCAAAAAGGUCCUGCUUUGUUUAGGGCACAUGCUUGUUGACAGUGUGCUGGUUAAUGAUACAUAACAAGAAAAACAGUGGCCAGUGGUCUUAGGAACUAGCUUUAUCAGUGCUGAUAAGAGGACUUGGACCUUCUUCAACACCUGACACGGUGACUUCUGACCACUGGUUGGUGUAUUGUGAAAAUAAACUCACUGUGAUGUUUGUGAAUACAAAGCUCAUGUAGUGCACCGCAGAACUCACACACUCUCACAGAAAUGUGGGCGAGUAAUGAGUGUAUCAGUGUGUGCAAUGAGGUGUGGUCCCACAUGAUUAACAUUUAAUGGGUUGUUGACAGUAAAAGAACAAAGUGUUGACUUUUACUGCUCAUAUGGGCAGCAGUCUGCAGCAGAGACGUCCUCUGAAAAAAAAAAGAGUAUAUCAAGAAUACAGAGGCAUAAUUCUUAUUCUGUUCAGCACAGCAGGUUCCCUCUUCAAUUGAAAGUAUGGAAAUGUAUAACCUAUCCACCUGCCACUGAAAUGACUCAUUUAGAUGAGGAGUUUAUACCAAUGGUACUCAUAUUUAUGGUGAAUUUAUGCAACAUGGGAAAGUGCAGGUGGGGAUCUGAUUUACCGACACGUGCAGUCUUAAAGGUGAAGUGUGGUCACAUUUGCUUUAUCAUGCAGAUGAUAUACGGAAGGACCCAGAGUGUGGACCUCACCCAGACCUUUAUUGUGUAAGAACCUAUUGAUUGAUAUGUAAAUAAAGUCUCCAGCUAUACUGAGAAAAGAGGCACGGAAUAGCAAAGCUGAAGAGCAUCACGUGGUGUGAUCUAAAACCAGGAUUUAUGGGUUUAUUUUCAGAUGCAGAUUGAGCCACACCAUUUUAAUCCACUUUCAUGCUGCCGAAGUCUAUUAAAAUGGGUGAUAGUUGAACUCAAACAAGCAUAAUAAGCAUAUCAGAGAGAGUUUCCCCCGCAGUUCUGAACCUGAGUGACAGGACAGAAAUAGAGUGGGUGAAAAGAAAAAUGAAAGUUUUUGAAAAUAGCAGGUAAGAGAGGAAAUAGCCAAGAGGAAGAAGAGCAGAUUAAAGGAAGGAGAUUGACUGCAGCCUGUUUGGACUGCUAAUAAGAACACAGAGGUCCUCAUUAAUCAGAUUAGGUCAAACCUGGUCAAUGGGAACUAAUCAAAGGACUAGCGUGCACUCACAAGACAGACAGGAAGUGAUGGAUCUUUCAUUAUGUCUGGAUUACUGCACCCAGUGCUUACACACCUGUCUGCCUCUGGUGCCACUGCUGUUUCAUGAUGAUUAGCUUGAGUUGGCAAACAAACAGCUGAGGUCCUUAGAUACAAAAUAAGGGGCUGUUUGUAUGAGAGAGUGAGGGAAAUGUAUGUCUCUACCAGGAAUGGGAUGACAGUACAGAGAGAGGAAACAUUUUGACAUCAAAUGACAAAAGAGAGAGUGAGUAGGCACAAGAGGUUAAAGCUGUUCUCAGACAUUUCCCCAUCCUGGAAAAUUUCAGGAACAUUUCAGGGACCCUCGCUCAGAAAUUUACCUGACUGUGCUGUUUACACAUACAGCUCUCUCGGGUCAUAUUUGGGAAAGUUUCUGGAUCUUUGUGCACAUCUGUAAGAGGCCACCUUAUGUUUGUAUUCUUACUCAGAUCUUGGUUUUGUGUAAAAAAAAAAAAAAUCAAUCUAAUCAUGUGUAUAUCCAUUACAUAAUAGAUCAUAGGAGUGGAUUUGCAUUUUUUAUUUGCUCAUUUGCCAAAUUUAAAUGCAUUUAGACUGCACUUACAAAUAUCCAUUGUUUUAGUCGACUCAUGCAUUACAAAAUCUUGUGGUUUAGCUUCAGAGGCGUCAUGUAUCCAAAUUCACAGACUUUUACAGACAAUAGGAUAUUUAAGACUCAGAUCUCUAAUCAGUCUGUAUGAAUGUAUCAUCAGACACGCACCAAAAUACUACAUGUUCCCCUGAAGAUUGUGCAAUGUCAGGUCUGCUGAUAAAAUCAGAGCGAAAACAAGGCUUAUGGUCAAAGUGUGUGUUGCAUGUGCAGAGGACACAAUACUCACCGCUGUGGUCAUAGGUUUGACUCCCAGCCUCAAGUCAUUGCUGCGUAUCUGUCUCUGCUCUCUAUUUCUCACAUUUGCUGCCUCUCUUUGGUUCUCCUCGCCAAUGAAGGCCAAAAAAUUAUCUGUGAAAUUUAGACAAAGAUCACACAAUAGAAAACAGUGGUGUUGUUUGUCAGCUGAAAAUGAUAAAAUAUAGUGAUCUAAAAUCUAAGAAUGGUCCAUCAUAUAUUCACAAGACACAUGCAGUAAUGUUAACAGACAGUACUUAAUGAAAAAUAUAAAAAAGAUAAGCGAAAUGCCAACAUUUGCAAACAUACAGGUUGGUUGUUUUUGCCUAAAUUUAAAAAAAAUGUUAGAAAUGUUUACUUUACAUCCUUACUCUAUUUAGUGAGUAAAAAUUUUAAAGCAACGUCAAUAAAUAUAACUCACAGAGAUCAUCUCAGGUUACUCGUGUUGCAUCAGACCUAUUAACAUUCUUCCUACUUCCUACUUCCUAAUUCUUGUCACACUGACUAACUAUGUCAGUCACUCCCCCAGAAUUAUACAGAAGUGUUUAUAUUCUCCUCUCAGAGCCUUUUUUUCCACUUAUAGGUGAACUUACUUUACCUCAGAAGAGGAGUCUCAAAAUAACAGUAUGGGUCUGGACAUAGCUGCAACAUGACGUAGUUUCCCCAAGAAAAUGACAAGAACACAUGCCGACAGCUAAGAAGUGACAGAGAUGUUGAGAGAUGUGAAUGUUUGGUAGCUUUAAUGCUUUCGCAAUCUUUAAGUACCUGUUUCUGUCCUCCCUGAGGCAGUAUGGACUCUUGUGAGGGAACAACGAAACGGAUGGGGAGGACUUGAAAAUGGAUGGUUGCACAAAAGUUGGGAUCUAUAGAGGAAAGGAAGAGGAAUUGACUCCAUCAUUCAUCACAGUGAAAGCUUUAAAGCAACGGGAGGAAGCUACAUACCACACUUACCAUACUAAAAGCCGAGUCUAUGGUCUGUCCGGCACAGAGAGAUGGAAUAAUUUGAGCUGAACAUUAAGUAGAUCGGACAGAUGGGAAUGCUGUGCGCUGCUUGUGUUAUUAAAGAGAGAGCAAAACAGAAUACAUUUUUAGAGACAGGGAAUACAUUGAAGAGCAUCCAGGACAUUUCUGCAGACAAUAUUUACCUUCUGUGUGCACCCUCAGUGUGAGGAAUUUCCUCUAAGGGCAGGAAAAAAUCACUGCCAGAUCUUUGGAGCGAUGCGUGGGUCUCCUGCUGUUGAGCCGUUGAGCAAUUCGAAAACAAUCAAUCUCGAUUUCUUGGAUGCUUAAGUCAUGCAAAUGAGAACGUAUUGGGAGGAAAUUCUUUGUGUCCAUCCGGAGUUUGGGAAAAACAGGCUCAAACAGAAGUUAUCUAAAUUGAAGCGACUGAUAGUUGAAUUUGGAGUAAAUGCCUCACAAGAUGUCUCCUAUUUAAUCAAAAGAUAAAACCAUCACAGGAUAUUCCUCUGAACAGUUAAUAAGCUUUUUUUUUUUAUUUAAUCUCACUGAAGAAAAUUACUGUCACCAUAUUCAUUUCAUAUCAGUGUUAUUCUAUAGUUAUAGCACCUCCCAACUUCAUCACUCCUUAUCUUUACGGAGAAACUUCACAUCUGAGAUGUGUCACAUGGGCAAAUAUACAUAAUUAGAUUAUAUAUUGAGUACGAAGCAGCACAAAGAAUCCUCUUAUGAAUUUGUGCUGUAAUUACAGAGAGGGGCACAAGGCUCCUCAGGUACAGACGAAGAGGGGCCACAGAUCCCUUGAUGAUAAAAAGCCCUGUUGUCUGAAGCCGUAAUUAAAUACAAACUUGAAACAGUAAAAUAAUUAGACUGAAUAUUGCACGCUUUGAUCAAAUUGACCCCUUUGGCACUGAAAAUGUUAGAGCUGACUUCUAAAAACUAACGUAACUGGUGCAUACAAAGCGGAGCCGGACUUAGCUCAGCCAUGUGUUUCGGCGUGGACUCCAGCAAAGCGGGAUCCACUUAAACCAAAGAUGCCGGCUCGAGAGAAACGGUUCCACUCAGCUUCUCCUCCUUUCACCCACAGCUCUUGCCUUCAUGCUGGGUGGAGGGGUCCAGCUGGCCUGGCUUGUCAUGCAUUCAUCUGAAUACAUUCCUCUGGCAAAGCCGACAUGCAACGCUUGACAAUGUGCUCAGCUGUGUUAUCUCACACACCCAGCAGUGAGUUUGCUAUUACUGGCAAAUUGGCCAUUAGGUCUCUGAGGAGUAGUGGGAACCACCUUGUAAUGCCAUGUUAGUCAUGCUAAAUUGCACAAUACUAUCACUGUCGUUCUCCUCCUAUUUUUGGUGGUGGAAAUUUUCCAAGUUCUUUUCCUGUGUAUCAUUUGUGUACCUAACCACUCCUUACACAUUGGUCAAAAAGCUCAUCAUCAUAAGUGUCAAUCAGUACUCAUGGUGAAAGCGCAAAGUUCUCCUUAGAGCUUUAUUUGACCUCUUUUCUUAUCUCAUCCUCCUCUUUCUACAUCUCUCUUUCUUUUACCUUUUUUCGACAUAGUUUUUUUUUUCUUUUUCUGCCCUUUUCCUUCUCUUCACUCAUCUCCUGUCUUUCCCCCCCAGACGUUCUCUCUGUACGUGCCGUUUAUUUGACCAAGGACGCCCCCAGCAUCCCACGGCUCUGUUUCUCUAAAUUGACAUCUCAUUCCUAUCAGUUUUCGGUUCCUUUUGAGACAUUUAUUUAUAAGCAAAGAAAAACAAACGUAGAAUUUAUUGAGAUUUAGAGAGAGUGCAAGUGUCAGGGAAGAGGGGGGAAAAGUGGCGGGGUAUUUGAGAGAAAGUUGGAGAGGGCGCUGGGGUGAACAAAAACAGGGGAAAACAGGAAUGUAUGGGGGAUGAAAGCGAUUAUGAGAGUGGAGGUGAAGGAAUAAGAGCAGUGGGAUGGAGAAGGGGGAAAGCUGUCAAAUCAACCUUGAGAAAAUAUGAGAAGGAAAAUAAACAACGCUGGACUUGCGUCAAACUGAGCUGAGAGCUAUGAAAGAUGUACAAACACAUGCUCUAAGACUUAUUUAAUUUUCGGAGACAGCAUCAAAAACACAACAGUAUUAACAUGCCGGCAUGAUUGGAACAGUGUCUGUUUUUUCUCAAUUUAUGUCUAAUUUCCUUAGGAUUGAUCAAAGGAGGCUAUUUAUGGUGAAACAUGUGAGAAUGUAAUAAAUGAAGUGAAUAAAAACAUGCUCUGUGAUUAAUAUCUGCAUCAACAUUUGUCUAAAAUGGGCUCUCUGUGAUCAGAUAAAAGAAAAGGAUCAGGCUCCUCAGCUGACAUCUUUUAGGGCAAGUGGAGGAAAUUAAAUAUGAAGACUGGUAUAAAAUGGAUAUUGUGAUAUAAACAGACGAAGUAAAUUGUUAGUGAAUAAACUCUUAGAUAAAAUCAGGGUCUUAUGACCCUGCACCAGUUUGACUGCUAAGGGUUUUCGUAAGGGCAUUGUGUUAAAAAUAACGUCGGGUUUACACUGGAUCUCUUCCAUUAACACUUUGUUUGUAUUACAGGAAUGGAAAGCAUCAGUGUGGAAACGGACUGGGAUGGGUUAGCCCUCUCCUCUCUGCUCGCCACAGGAAGGAACAACUUCUCUUCCUCAUCUUUGUUUGUCUCUGAGCCGAACCCCCUCAAUAAUUCUCACAGCGGGGGAUCCUUCUUCGGGAUCUUCCCGGACAACGGUUCCACCACCACACCCCACACGCUGCCCCAGCCCCGGGGCAGGGACCCCAACUUAGCCCGGGCAGAGAUCGCCGUACUUGGGGUGGUGCUGGCUCUCACCACCUUAGGGAAUAGCUUCGUGCUGUGGGUGCUGCUGAGGAGGAGGAAACACAAUGCGCCAAUGCACGUGUUCAUGGUUAAUCUGUGUGUGGCUGACCUGGUGGUGGCCCUGUUUCAGGUUAGUUCAAGAGUCACUGCACUAACAAGCAGAACAAAGAAGCAGAGUAUGAGACUGGCCGGACUAACUUCAUUAUCUUUUAGAACUACGUUAAGUAAUGCACAUGAACGUUAUUGAUCCCCAAUGGGAAAUUCAAUAGGCGUUGAGGCGUUCAUUAUGUGAAAAAUGUAAAAAAUGUUCCGUUCCAGAUUCUGCCUUGAUGUGAUUAUAUUCAGUUUGAGUCAUUAGGCUUUGCAGCUAAUGACAUCAUGCACAAAUAGUUCAGAAAAUCACAUCUGUUAUAUGUUGAUCACUAAGCUUGUAGUCACACGUCAAAGGUUAUAUGGUACAUACGGCACAAGAAGUAUGUCCUGUAUGCAGCAUUAUUACAGCAUAAAUACAGUUAAUAUUUGAAUUGUUUUGUGACAUUUAGAAAAAAAAUUGCAUAAAAGUGACAAUUCUUGAAAAUAAAAUAUUCAAUGAUUUAAGAUAAGAUUAUGAUGUUUUUUAGAUUAUUGCGUUAAAAAUUACAGUUCUUCUCCUAAACAAAUAACAGGCUGUCUUUUUGAGUUAGUCUCCUUGUGGAAAAAUCUCUGACCCAAAUCCACAACACAUCUAUUUUUCUUUUGAUAACUUGAUUUAAAUUACACAAAAAUCUCUUUUCUUUGAUAUAACACCUAACACAACAACACAACUCAAACUGGAUUUGAGAGUCCAAUUGUUAAGGACUAUUUUCAGGUUGGGUUGACACACAUUUCAUGUUCCAGACAGUGUUACGUGCAGCAGGCCAGGGCAGUGUGUGCUGUAGGUCUUUGUCAAAAUAAACUGAACUACUUCUAGGAAACCUCGCCACAGUGCGAGAGGCCACUUCAUAUAAAUAACUGUUUCCUUUUUUAUCUGUGUUCAGGUUCUUCCUCAGCUAAUAUGGGACAUCACAGAGAGGUUUCAAGGGCCUGACUUGCUUUGCCGCUCCAUCAAGUACUUACAGAUAGUGGGCAUGUUUGCUUCGUCCUACAUGAUAGUUGCCAUGACGGUAGACCGGCACCAUGCAAUCUGCUGCCCUUUACAGGCUUACCGCGGGGGGGCAAUGUCCCGCUGGAACACCCCUGUCAUGGUGGCCUGGGGUUUGGCGUUUGUGCUCAGCAUACCACAGGUGAGGAGGAGGAAACAGACACGCAAACACAGUCAAAUAUAUUCACACACACAAAAACACAUGGUGAUAAUGGAAAUGAGAGUUUCUACAUUAACAGUCAAGAUGUCAGUUUAUUUUUAGCCUGAUGAGGUCAUUACAGUUCAGCUGAUAGAUAAGAAAACUGAUAGUCACCUCUGUGGGAGUGCUCACCACCCUCCUUUCGUCCGAUCUGUCAGGUGUUCAUCUUCUCUCUCACAAAAGCGGAUGAUGGAGAGUACGAGUGCUGGGGUCACUUUACCGAGCCGUGGGGGCUGAAGGCCUACGUCACCUGGAUGACUGUAGCGGUCUUCCUGCUGCCAGCCUUAAUAAUCACCAUCUGUCAGGUAACUGUACUUUUAUUGGCUGGACUCUCAAUCUCUGCCCCGCCCACAAAGACCACAUGCUGUUAGCAACAUUAUCCAAUGAUGAAGGCAUUAAUGAAAUUCUGUUUUGUUUUAGUAGAGAGUGCAUUUGGCAGGCAUUGUCCGAUAACCCGUGGGGAUGACUGUGGUCGGUGUUAUAUAGCAUCCCAUGGCAAGGAGGCAUUCAGGGCGAGCUCCCAUCAGCCGUGCUGCGCUAUUUAGGGAAAGAUAUUCCAGGGUCUAGCUAUUUCCCCUAAUUAACACAGUACUUGGAGGACCACUGCUGAGACUGCUGCUCAGAAAAUCUGCCCACUCUGAGAACCUCCUGCCAGCAAGAGGAAUGUACCAGAUCUUAGCCAAACAUAGAAACCCUGACCUUUUUUCAUUAUCGAAUUUCAAAUCAAGGGGCCUCUUCAGACACCUUUACUGAAGGAUGAUGUCGUUUCUGCAGAGGGAAGUUGCUCAGGAAUUCACUUAGCUGAUGUAGUCUCGUGUUUCACUUGUGUCCCUGUUACCUGUGUGGUUUUGUGGAUUGCAGUGGAAUUUUCAUGCACCCUUACAAAAAAAGCGAAAAAAAAGCUAGUUUAAAAGCGAAAUAUGGCAGGAGAACAGUUGGCAGUAAAAGACAAAAACUUGAAAUCUGUAAAAAUAGAGUUCCAAAUAUAAAUCAGUUACAUAUUUUAUUUUCAAAGAUUUUUUUUAUUUUCCUAGUAGAGAAGAAUAACUACGCUGCUUUAAAAUUUUAUGAGAGCUCCUCUGAUUAUAACACAGUGUUGGAAUUGAGGCAUUGAAUAAAAAUGUCUGAAAGUGCUUUAGAGCAGAUGGUGAGGGCCAACACACACACUUUUCAAAUUUCCUCUUGCUGUUGAAGCAGAAAUGCAAACAGGAUCGUCUGCAAAGAGUAAAGACAGCCAUCUGAUUCUGGCACGUGCCACUCGUAAAAUCCUUAUCCCCAGGCCUUCUGGGCUCUGAAUUUUGGAAUGUACUUUCUCCCCGGGCUUCUCUUUGCAUUAUUCCUACUUUUGUUUUUCAGAUAAGAAUCUUCCGCGAGAUUCACAAUAACAUCUACCUGAAGUCGGAGAGGAUGGUGACGGCUGAGCUGAAGAAAAAUGAAGUCCUCUUCCGCUUUCACAGCUUCAAAAAGGAUGAGGAGAGGGCGAGGGAGAGGGGGAGACGGGCGUCUGCUGGAGGUGGACGAGGAGGAGGACAGCUUAUAAAGGGUGUGAAUAACAACCCUCACAAUAACACCCAUAACAGCCAAGCAGGAGAGUGUUACGACUAUGUCUCCUCCGCUGUUCAGUAUAACAGUUGCUGCAGUGAAGCUGUGACAGCAACAACAACAACAUCCUCCACACAACAGCAAACAGCGAACAGCUCAGAAUGCCAGGAGUCGUACGUGUCCUGUGAGCUGGCCUCAGGUUCACCGCGAUGCUCCCUUGACUAUGUCCAACCUCACCGUCCUUCCACCCCACCUCCGAGCAUCACUAAAGCCAUGUCGAAGACGGUGAGAAUGACCCUUGUCAUCGUGUUGGUGUACACCAUAUGCUGGUCCCCCUUCUUCAUCGUCCAGCUCUGGGCGGCGUGGGACCCCGACCCUCCAAACCAGGGUCAGUCAUGAACACACACACACUGCUAGUUACCCACAGCGCUGAAACACUCACCUCUCUCAUUGAGCAACAGAAACAGACAUUUGAGUUGCAACUAUUGCCAGUGAAUCACUUAAGUUGUUUUUCCUCAAAUGGCUUUAUCCUCUUAAGCCCAUCAUAUCCAUUUAAUUGGACUUAAUGAGUAACCCCUGUUUGUUUUGCAAUAUAAGCAGUCAAAAACAAAAGCCAUACAAACAGUCUGGUUUGCUACAACAAGCUCAGAUCAAUGCUGUUGUGUAUGUUUUUGACACUUCUUCCCAGGGAAACCAGCUCCAGCUCAGAUGUGGUAACAGUGGGAAAAAUAUGAGGUCAAAAAAAACCUUUGCUUCAACCCACAACUAGACCCCUCUUGCAUGUCAGCCCUGGCACUCAAACAGCAUCUGUUGGUGUCUUUCCUGGCAGCCACUGAUGGAGUAAGCGUGGAGAGAGUAGCCUUAAGUUGUUGCUGAUAGUUGGACUGGGUGGGUGUCCUCUGAUCUGAAGCUGGUGACAAACAUCAGAGGCCCGCAAAUAACCUGUUUACAUCCCUCUGCUAAUUUGGCAAUGCUGCCAGAUGUUGACAUUUCAUCAGCAAUUAUGUGUGCCAACAGCUCGCACACAUAGUCGGAAUCGAAAGCAGACACAUGGUGCAGAGCCCAUCAGUUCGCAGGCAUACACACAUGCAUAUACAAAGUUUAUUCCCAUGCAGAUACAAGUAUGUAUACACAUGAAUGAGUCCUUACCGGCUGGCAGCUGCUAUUCCUGCCACACACGCACAAACACUCAGCACAGAUCAUUAUCGGCUUUGUAUUCUGAAACCAGUUUGUUCAUGGCUAUUGUCCUCAACUGACCGUAUUGAAGUAAGUUCUAGUUUACACAUAACACGUAUUAUUAGCAGUGAAAAUACCAAAGGAACAUGUAUGUGGCAUUUCCCUGUUGGGUAUUUAUAGUCCUGUUGCUAUUCUAAGAGAAUAAUGCGCCGAACAGAAUGGGGAUGGUUUACUUUCUAAAUGAAUAGUAAAUGUACAUAUUUAUGUUUGUUACAUGGAGUCUUGUGUCAGCGUUUGUAUCCAGUUGAAAAAAAAAAGAGUCCCAGCUGACAAACUACAAUGAAAAUUUGCAUGCAAAUAAACCAUUCACUACUUGUGUUUACAUGUGUUUAUGCACCUGCUGUAAUGUGGAUUUGUGUCUGCAGGAGUUGCUUUCACUAUCCUAAUGCUGCUGGCCAGUCUGAACUCAUGCACCAAUCCGUGGAUCUACACUGCUUUCUCCAGCAGCGUGUCCAGAGAACUGCAGGACUUACUGCACUGUCGAUCCAGACCAGGCCGCCGAGGCUCCCUGCCCGACGACUCCACCACCACACACACAUCCACCACCAAGGACAGCUUGUACUGACAGAGACUAAUGCGACAGAAGCGAGCACGCAGAGAGACAUGUUUGAAAAAAGGGACAGCUAUGUGUGCACGUGCAUAAGCUGCAAAGGACGUGCAGCUCCGACGCAACUACCACCUCUGGUGUCACAGGCUGUGAGCAGAGAGCGCUGACCUCCACCAGAUGUUUCCAACAACAAAGGACAGCUGUUCUAUCAACAGGACCUCCAUCUGUAAUCACCUGUCCUCUCCACCCAGGCAGCGUGGAAGGGUGUCAUUGAAGUUGUCAACACCACUUUAUGAGGGCACCGUGGAGUUUACAGUGGCUGUCAGUGAGCGCAUCUGCAAUGCAAGAUGGCCUUGAUAGUUGCAGUCAGGAGGAUUCCUCUUUUGUUUUUUCAUAUGAGGAAAAAAAUCCUGCCCCAUUUAGAGCAGAGCUACAGGAAUGCAAGGGGUGGAUCACAGCAUUAAUGGCCUUACGGCACGCCUAAUAUACAAAGCAGCAGACGAAGCUAUGGAUGUAGAGAAAACAAAGCAGCAGGCGGAGUGAAAUUGAAUGAGAAACACAUUGAGAGAACAACAGAGUGGGAGAGAGAGACUGCUGCUGGACUGAGAACAGACAGAGGGAUGUCAAGGGUGUUACAGAAGUGGGAGCGUCCCUCAGAGGGCUGUAGUUGAAAUCUAAUAAUGUGAAGAAACUUUGUUAAAUCAAAGAAAGUGGAUUAGAGACGGAUGCUUUGGGCUGUAUUUACAUUCGCUCAGAGGGAAUCCGGUCCCAAAGAACAAUGGCGAUUUCAUAGGGAGAUGGAUGGACAUUGACUCAGAGGAUGGUGCAGCAGAGUCAGGACACUGCCCCUGAAGAGGAACUGGAAGAGCAGGGGUUAAUGCAGACAGGAGGAGGGUUUGGGCCUGGAAGAAUACAAAUGAACAAUCCAGGUUUCCUCCAACAACUGGGACACAAUUAUGUGAUUGUAUUCUGCACAAACACGGCAUAUGAGGUACACAAAAGUCCCUUCCUGUCUUGAAAGAACGACACAAGAAUAUCAAGCAGAAGACACAGGAAAGAGACAGAUAGGAGAUAUUCAGCUGCAUUCCAUGUACAGUCAUGAACAAUAUAUUUGUAUAUGUAUUUAUUGCAAAUGUAAGGCACAUUAUUGUAUAGUGUACAAGAUAAAUAUUGAAUGUAAAUCACACAGUUUUAAUGGUCCAAUAUAUGUAUGUGAACACAAAGAGCUACAAGAGAAACCAAAGAUUUUCUAAGGCUUAAUGCAAGUCUUAAAUGUAGAUAAUAUAAAACCAUAACAGAGAAAAUAUAUGAAGUAUAAAGACAGCGGACAUACUCCCUGUCAAGCUAAGUGCCUGUUAUGUCAGAGAACAUUUAUAUUGGGGCCGCCUUCACUGGAUUAAUCUCUGAAUGAUGUCAGCCAUGUUAUUGUAUGAGAGAGCUACCACCACCGCUGGAAUCAUUGGAAGUGUAAUAUAUAGUCUGUUAGGUCACAUAAUGAGCCACAUGUUCCUCUACAUUUUUAUUUAUGUUAUAAAUAAAAUUGCAUAUAUAGUAUAUAUAUAAAUAAUAGAUAUAAGUUUUUCUUAUUGCCUUCUCUUCAUGUACAGUUUUUAUAUCACAUCUUAUUCCACAUUAAGAGUAAUCUAUCGCGCCCCCAAACUGCAUGACAGACUUGAAGAGGAAAUAUGAAGGCAUCUUUUUUUUUUAAAUGUGGGAUUGCAUUAUCUAGUGUAAAUACGAGACAUGUGAUAGUGGUGUGUGUGUGUGAGUGUAAGAUUACUAUAUGUGGUCAAACUUCAUUUUGGACUGUAUACUUUUGGAAAUGAUGGUGUUUUUUGUUCCUUCUUUCAUGAGAGAGAGCACUGUUAUCUGAGUGAGCAGGACAAUACUGGGAUGCUUACAAGGUGUCUCGGGAGUGUUCGUCUGGGUCGAACAGAGAAGCCUCACCUUUUCCUCAGUGUGGCCAGGGUGUUUGAGCUUUCAGCACGCCACUGUGAAUUCAUUCCCAAGACACACGCCUCUGCUUUGAUUCCCUGCCAACCGAAAGGCUACAGCAACAUCGUCUCAUGCUUCACUUUGUUAUAUCAGGAAAUAGAUGAACUUCUCCCAAAGCCUGAGGGUGUUCAUGUAUUUUCCUCUUCCUGUCAGGAAGUGAAAAGGUCAAGAGAUGAUUCUUCUUUUCUGAAAGGUCCAGACCUCACAUCAGUCAGCCUUUUUUUUUGAUUGAUGCCAAGAUGCCAAACACACUCGGGUUGUGCAUUAAACUUUCCACAUGGUCAUUAGUGAGCAUUACAACGGCUAAAUAAUAAAUGUUCAUGUGAAUGGAGGAGCUGCUGACACACUGAAUAAAUACCCUCUAAAAUUAGACCCAUCACUGAAGAGAAUUUUUUCCUCUGACUCAAAGUUGUAUCCUGAAGACCUGACAGUAGCUAUUAUCACCCCAGCCACCAUCAUCUCCUGCUGUCAGAGCCAUGAUAGAUGGUCUAUAGGGUGGGUCUCGCCUUUUUUGUCUUCCUGCAGUGAGUGUGUGUGUUAGUGUGUGUGUGUGUGUGUGUUUAUGUUAAACGUCCCGAUGCUUAUGGUAUCCGAGCUGAAUCAAGGUUGAUGUGUACGCUGAAGGUCACAUCUUCAUUACAAAGGGGCAGAGCGUCCUAUGAGGGGGUAUAAGGGAAAUAAAUGAGCCCUCUGUGCAGCUGUCACAAGGGCAAAGAAAUAGGUGAUCCCCCCUUCUUCAAAUCAAUUUCAGGUUGGCUGAGAAGUGCAUUCAGUGGCUCUGAAGAAUGACUGAGAGACCCCCCCUAUUCCACACCAACCCCCAGCCUUGACCAAAGUCGGUAUAAAUCAGACCCGGAGCCAGGAGCUUUACUGCACUGAGCAAUGUGUCUGCAUUGCUUAACUCCAGACCCCUCUGCAGACCUGAUGACUGCUGAGGUCGCUACUAAGCUCAUUCCAAGACACUGGGGGGUAUAUGUGGCCCCCACCAUCUUACACAACAAAAUCCUGUGUCUGUGUCUGUGUAAGCAGAAAGCACUGGAGCAUCUUACUUUAUGAACACAAGGAUGUCAAGAUAUAUACACUUUCUGAGAAUUUAUUUUGAAGGAGGCAGAAAUUUUUCUCUGAAAUGGCUUUUUGUAUGCUUUACUGACAACAAUAGUGUGAAUGCAGCUGUUUUCAAGGUGAUUUCUACCAAAUAUAGCCACACUUUUAUUUUUACGGCCGGUCUUGCCUCAUGCUUAAGAGCAGGUGAAGUAUUUACAGUUUAUUCCUCAGAGAGCCAGAGGCAUCAAGGUGAGCUUUUAUUGCUCUCUACCACCUCGUUUUCAUAGUUUAAAGUAUGCUAGUCCUCACACCUCAACUAGAACCUGUAAUUUUUUCCUUCAUGAUAAAAACAGGCAUGUAGACAGUAAUAAAAACACUUCUUUGUUGUUCUUUUAACAUGCUUUCAAAGAGGUUAAUGCACACAGACUGGUUUGUUGUGAUUUGUAUGCUCCUGUUUAACCUGCAGUUUCUCAUGGCUUCUUGCCAAAUAAUGAGCAGUAUCCCACAUAGUAAAAAGUCUCCAGCGCUUGUGGUUGACAUCCUCAUAUGAAAUGUUUAGGGGAUGUCUGACUUGAUGUAUGAACAGAUGUUUGCAAAGAGAAAGCGAGAAAUGAGUCCUUCACCUUAUAUGGCUUGUUUUUUAACUGGCAGCUGGAUUAGAUGAUGCCCAAACUGCACAUGGAGAGGCAGAUAUCACAGGAGGAGUAACAAAAGCUUUGACCUGACUGUGACUCUGUUCACUCUGACCACAGUUCAUCAACUGUUGUGACUGAAGCGGCUACACAUGUAACAUGCUUCACUGUACUUACACAUCCAUGAAAUGACCUCAACAAAAACUGUUAUUGUAGAGCUAAGAAGUCAAAUCCAGCGUGAAAAUCGAAAGUCUCUUUUCUGCUUAUGAGUUAAACAGCCUGUUUGUUGAUUUUGUUCUGGUUUUUAAAGGGCGGCAAGUACAAACUUAUGGCGGAGACAGUAAGUGUGACUUCAUGUGAGAGUAGUUUGUGCGACGCCAGUUUCCACAUUGCUGAAUCUCACUAAGCCCAUCGCUGUCUGCCCCCUGAGCUGCUAUUUUAUACACCCCUGUCAGAGCAGCUUUUCUCCGCAUCACAGCACACAGGCAUACACACUCUUUGGUCAAAUAAAGUGUCUUAUGUAAUAGUGAUACUCUUAUAAUUACAAGCAUAUGCAAACCUCUUAAAACGUCAA